UGCUAUAUACACGUCCUUUCAACUUAAUCUUCUGCCAAAAUGUGUGACGAGGAGGCAUCAGCUCUGGUCGUGGACAAUGGAUCCGGCAUGUGCAAGGCUGGCUUCGCCGGCGACGAUGCGCCGCGCGCCGUCUUCCCGUCGAUUGUGGGUCGUCCUCGCCAUCAGGGCGUGAUGGUGGGCAUGGGCCAGAAGGAUUGCUAUGUGGGCGAUGAGGCGCAGAGCAAGCGUGGUAUUCUCUCGCUGAAGUACCCCAUCGAGCAUGGCAUCAUCACCAACUGGGACGACAUGGAGAAGGUCUGGCAUCACACCUUCUACAAUGAGCUGCGCGUGGCCCCCGAGGAGCAUCCCGUGCUGCUCACCGAGGCCCCACUGAAUCCCAAGGCCAAUCGCGAGAAGAUGACACAGAUCAUGUUCGAGACCUUCAACUCCCCCGCCAUGUACGUGGCCAUCCAGGCUGUCCUCUCCCUGUAUGCCUCCGGCCGUACCACUGGCAUUGUCCUCGACUCCGGCGACGGUGUCUCCCACACUGUGCCCAUCUAUGAGGGCUACGCCCUGCCACAUGCCAUCCUCCGUCUGGAUCUGGCCGGUCGCGACUUGACCGACUACCUGAUGAAGAUCCUCACCGAGCGCGGCUACUCGUUCACCACCACCGCUGAGCGUGAGAUCGUGCGCGACAUCAAGGAGAAGCUGUGCUACGUGGCUCUCGACUUUGAGCAGGAAAUGGCCACAGCCGCCGCCUCGACCUCACUGGAGAAGUCCUACGAGCUGCCCGAUGGCCAGGUCAUCACCAUUGGCAACGAGCGCUUCCGCACACCCGAGGCUCUCUUCCAGCCGUCAUUCCUGGGCAUGGAGUCGUGCGGCAUUCACGAGACCGUCUACCAGUCGAUCAUGAAGUGCGACGUGGACAUCCGCAAGGACUUGUAUGCCAACAAUGUGCUCUCCGGCGGCACCACCAUGUAUCCUGGUAUCGCUGAUCGCAUGCAAAAGGAAAUCACCGCCCUCGCUCCGUCCACCAUUAAGAUCAAGAUCAUUGCACCACCUGAGCGCAAGUACUCUGUGUGGAUCGGUGGCUCCAUUCUGGCCUCUCUGUCCACCUUCCAGCAGAUGUGGAUCUCCAAGCAGGAGUACGAUGAGUCUGGUCCCGGCAUUGUGCAUCGCAAGUGCUUCUAAGCAGCGACUGCACAACAACAACAACAACAACAACAAGUGGCGUUUAUAUAUAGCCUAUAUGAGAAGAUCUGACACGCAUAUCUUAAAUCUGACAUUGGGUAUAUGUUUAGCUAUGACCAGGCUAGCUGCAUCUGGGCGCCCAAGCGGCGCUGCAUGCAAAACAAAACAAAAAGUAUCUUUAAAAUUACAUUUAGUUGAAAAGAGGCGGAGGAAGUAGAAGAAGCAAACAUAUAGAGGACAAGAGACACCCCCACAUGAAAAGAGAAAGGCAAACAGAAAACAGAAAAGACAGAAAGCAAAAAUCGAGUAGGUAGAGCAUAAUUUAUAUUUAGUUACGAUUUGGAUUUUUUUUUUGAUUUGUUUCCAAGUUACGGAGCUGACCAAAAAAG